CGGGGCGGACGUUCGUAGCGUUUUCGCUGUAUCGCUCCACGGUGUUUGCGAUGUAUGGAGUUGUAACUUAGAAUUGUGAAAGCAAAUAGUGAAAAUUUGGAAUAACCGAGAAUCACUCGUACUACUAUGAUUGAUUUGUUCUACGGUGAAACAAAUGAAGCCCUCGUAGAACAAAUGAAACUGCACUAAAACAAAUGAAACUGCACUAAAACAAAUGAAACUGCACUAAAACAAAUGAAACUGCACUAAAACAAAUGCAGCUGCAAUUUAACAAAUGAACGUCCAGUGCGUCCGAUGAAUUCGCGAUGGCUCAGUGAUGGACUGAAAAUGUACUCUUUUGGAUAAAUACGGAAAUAGGCUAGGAUGUGGAUCGAACGGACUUGUUUUUGGUUGCUGCAAGCUAUAGCUUUGUUACCCACGAUGGCCAUGAAAGACUCGCAAAUGACUACCAAAAAGUUUUCGGAGGAGCCAGAGUUUGAGCGGCCGAUUGGGAACCACACCUUCUUUCUCGGGAGGGAGGCAGUGCUUGGUUGUGCUGUGACUAACCUGGGGAAGCACAAAGUGGGUUGGCUCCGCGCGGAAGAUCAGACAGUGCUGACGAUGCACGAGAGAGCCGUCCUCGGGGCCAGAUACUCGGUCAACCUGGACGCCCCUAGAACCUGGCAGCUGAGGAUCAGGCCUCUUCGGGCUGAGGACCGAGGCUGCUAUAUGUGCCAGAUCAACACCCAGCCUAGCAUGAAGUGGCAGAUCGGCUGCAUCGAUGUUUAUG